AGAAUCAAUACUGAACCCCAGCCUGUGCCAUUACGUUGCAAAGAAGACACUUGUUGUUCUUGGUCAUAAAAUAAGAACAGAAAAUGCUGAACAUAUUCAGCAGAUCAGGCCAAAUCUCUGGGAAGAGAAGCAAAGUUAUCAGUUCAGGUCAAAGUCUCUUCAUCCUCAGUCUCCUGCUUGUGUUUGCAAGUGCUAAAAUCUACAGCAGAUGUGAGCUGGCAAGAACCUUAAAGCAGUUUGGCUUGGAUGGAUAUUAUAACUAUAGCCUGGCUAACUGGGUCUGCAUGGCUUACUAUGAAAGCCGGUACAACACAGCAGCAAUUAAUCAUAACAAGAAGCAUGGAAAAAUUUGGUCGACAGACUAUGGCAUUUUUCAAAUCAACAGUCAAUGGUGGUGCAAGGACCAGCAGACCAAAGGCGGUAAAAACAUAUGUAAAGUUCAAUGUGCUGAUCUUUUGAACGACUACCUGGGUGAUGACUGCAGAUGUGCAAAGAUUAUUGUUCAGGCCAGCAAAGGAAUGAAAGCCUGGGUUGGCUGGAAGAACCACUGCAAGGGAAGAGACGUUAGUUACUUUGUCCGUGGGUGUCGCUUAUAAAGAGAGCAGUGAAUCUGCCUUCAAGUCCCGCGCGCUCUGCCUCAGCCUCAACAACAAGGCCAUUUUGCCAGUUAGCUUCGCUAUGUUUGAAUCGCCAGGGUCCAGGGAAAAGAGGGGUGGAUGAGGCUGGCUAACCAGGAGUGAGGGGAGAGCAGCCUUCUUGAAAGGAGCCACAACCCAUCCAUUCAUCAGUUGCAGGGUUAAUCAUCAAGGCCCUGGGUGAAAGGACUAAGCUUGCUUCACGGAGGUGACAUUUAUAUCAAAGCCUCAAAUAGUGUUUAAUACGUAGCUGCUGCCGUUGUAACUAUACAAAUGCCCCAACUCCCUUCAUCAGUCAUAACCCUCUCUUACCCUGUAUUACACAGAAAUGCAGGAAGUAAGAGAGUCAGUCCUGAUGCAGGGUCUCGACCCGAAACAUCGACCAUCCCACUGCUUCCACAGAUGCUGCCCGACCCACUGAGUUCCUCCAACAGUUUGUUUAAAGCAGAAAGCCAAUUUGCCUCUGUCUAUAGCUUAAAUUCUGGGAGGAGCAUAUCUGAGCGGUUCUACUGCAAAUGCAUGUCAAAAAGAUAAAAAAAUUAAAUACAGCAAAUAUUCAA